CUUUGCGGGUAAACAGACAUGGCCGGCGAGGGAGAUCACCAGGACGCUGCGCACAACAUGGGAAACCACCUGCCGCUCCUGCCUGCAGACAGUGAAGAUGAAGAUGAUGAAAUUGAAAUGGAAGUUGAAGACCAAGAUAGUAAAGAAGCCAGAAAACCAAAUAUCAUAAACUUUGACACCAGUCUGCCAACCUCCCAUACAUACCUGGGAGCUGAUAUGGAAGAGUUCCACGGGAGGACUCUGCAUGACGACGACAGCUGCCAGGUGAUCCCAGUCCUUCCUGAGGUGAUGAUGAUCCUGAUUCCUGGGCAGACACUCCCACUGCAGCUCUCUCACCCACAGGAAGUCAGCAUGGUGCGGAACUUAAUCCAGAAAGACAGGACCUUUGCAGUCCUUGCAUACAGUAAUGUGCAAGAAAGGGAAGCACAAUUUGGAACAACAGCAGAGAUCUAUGCAUAUCGAGAAGAGCAGGAGUUUGGAAUUGAAGUAGUGAAAGUGAAAGCAAUUGGAAGGCAGAGGUUCAAGGUCCUCGAACUUCGAACACAGUCAGAUGGAAUCCAGCAAGCUAAAGUGCAAAUUUUGCCAGAGUGUGUGUUGCCGUCAACCAUGUCUGCAGUUCAGUUAGAAUCACUCAAUAAGUGCCAGAUAUUUCCUUCAAAACCCAUCUCUUGGGAAGACCAGUAUUCAUGUAAAUGGUGGCAGAAAUACCAGAAGAGAAAGUUUCACUGUGCAAAUCUAACAUCAUGGCCUCGCUGGCUGUAUUCAUUAUAUGACGCUGAAACAUUAAUGGAUAGAAUUAAGAAACAGCUACGUGAAUGGGAUGAAAAUCUCAAAGAUGAUUCUCUUCCUGCAAAUCCAAUAGACUUUUCUUACAGAGUAGCUGCUUGUCUUCCUAUUGAUGAUGUAUUGAGAAUUCAGCUCCUUAAAAUUGGCAGUGCUAUUCAACGGCUUCGCUGUGAGUUAGACAUCAUGAACAAAUGUACUUCCCUUUGCUGUAAACAAUGUCAAGAAACAGAAAUAACAACAAAGAAUGAAAUAUUUAGUUUAUCCUUAUGUGGUCCAAUGGCAGCAUAUGUGAAUCCUCAUGGAUAUGUACAUGAGACACUGACUGUGUAUAAAGCAUCCAACCUGAAUCUGAUAGGCCGGCCUUCUACAGUGCACAGCUGGUUUCCCGGGUAUGCAUGGACCAUUGCCCAGUGCAAGAUCUGUGCAAGCCAUAUUGGAUGGAAAUUUACAGCCACAAAAAAAGACAUGUCACCUCAAAAAUUUUGGGGCUUAACUCGCUCUGCUCUGUUACCCACAAUUCCAGAGACUGAAGAUGAAAUAAGUCCAGACAAAGUAAUACUUUGUUUAUAAGUGCGCCUGUAGGAGUGACUUCCUGACAGAUAUUUCCUCAAGUCAGAUCUGCCCAGACAUCACUGCCUCUGAUAUAUGUGUAUAGUGGGUUACAGCAUUUGGCUACCAAGUUCAAGAGCAUAUUUAGGGAAUGAGAAAGCAGUAUAAAACACAAGGUUGGAUUCAGAAGUAUUUACUUUUUAGUAGCUUGGUGCCACUGAUUAUCCUGUUGAGUCUAUGUCAUGACAGGAUAAGAAAACAGUUGAAAUAAUGGGAAUGGCUAUGGAACAGGAUAGGGGCAGCACUGCUCUAAACAGUGAGCGUUCCAGACACUUGGAUGGUAAGCACAAGAUAGCGGCAAGGCAGUGUCAUUUUAAAAGGUCUUUGCUCCUUUCAAUUUUCUUUAGUUGUCCGAGAUACUGAUUUGUAAAUUUUGAACACAUUAAAGAGUAAAAUAAGCAGUUUGAGCAGAAAUAAUAGCAUUUGGUGUAUUUGCACUAUUUAUUUGAUGAGCCUGUGAUGUGCUAGAUCCCUUUAACUAAUGUAUAUGUCCAUUUUGCAUUUAAUUUGCAAAUAUAAGUGAACAGUAUAUAUUUCUAGGAUCAUACCCUUUAGGAAAUAAAGUUAAAGCAACUGAAGGGCAUCUUUACAUAAACCUGGCCAACACUAAUACCUAUAUCCAAAUCUAUUCUAUUUAGUUGAAUUAUGUCAAAGUAAUCAAGUAAAAUACUUAAAAGUGUAAGUAUGUAAUAAAAUGUAACUCAAGAAUAGGCUACUCCUUAAUGUUAUUUUUUAAAAAAAUAAGUUCUACUUCUGUUUCAUUCAAGCUGAUGUGAUGAAGUGGGGGAAUUAUGCCUUUACUGCUGCAGUAUAAUCUGUUUACCAUUACUUUCAGAUAGUACUGUUUAAAGGAAUCUUACACCAACCACAUAGCAGCUUUGAUGUCACUCCAUCUGUGCAGAUGACAACAGAAUAAAGUCCAUAGUUUAAAAUCCAGGUAUUUACUGACCUGGGUGAAGUAGAUUUUGAUGUGUCCUUUUAUAGAACAUCACCCUAUUUGACUUCAAGAAGAUUCAAAAUCCAAAAGCUGCUGUUUACUUGUACAGUACAUAGAUAUGUAUGAGCAGCUAUGCAGUAAGUAGUUAAUUAUAUAAACUAUCAAAAAUCUAAGCCAUAUCCAUCUAAUUAGUAAAAUAAACAAUGUGUUCACUAUCUUUGGCACCUGAUAUUAAAGGCAAGAGUCUCAACACAAGCCCUCCUGUUAUUCCUGCAACUUUCUGAAAACAAACUAAGUUAUUUUAGCAUACAGUUUUUCUUCAACGGUUACCACAUUUUAAUAUCAACAGCCAGGUUAACAGCACUGACUUUUCUCACCUGGCACUGCUCCAAGAGUUGGGAAAUUCAGGAGGUAGACUUGAGCUUAAUUUUUCUACCUACACUCAGGCUGUUUUUUAGGAUUUCAGUAAGACGCAGGAGGAGAGAAAAACCAGUCUUACCAAGACUUUUUCACUGUUUCAUACGGAGCUCAAAAAUUUUUAGGU